UGUGGUGAUGCUGACACAGGGGCUUGUGGCAGAGCAGCCCGAGCAACCUUGGAGAUGCAACUCUCGUCCAUCUGAUUCAGAGACAGUGGAAGAGAUUAGGACCAUUUUUCAGUCAACAAGGUCUUGUUGGACUCGGACACAGCCAUAAAGGAAUUAAACUCCUGUUUUUCUUCUUUUCUUUAGGACACUCAGUAUGCUGGCCUAUUGGGCUUGAACGGGUUAAAGACGACUAAAGCGGCUGCUGUGUGAGUCAGAGCUUCACCCUACAGGAGAGGAAGAGAUGGGGAACACAGCAACCAAGUUCCGUAAGGCUCUCAUCAAUGGGGAUGAGGUGCUUGCCUGCCAACUGUAUGAGAGCAACCCGCAGUUCAAAGAGGCUCUGGAUCCCAACUCUACAUACGGAGAGUCCUACCAGCACAACACUCCACUGCACUAUGCUGCCCGGCACGCCAUGACACGCCUACUCAGGUCUUUUCUCCUAAGCAAAGAUGGGAAUCCUAACAAACGGAAUGUGCACAAUGAGACGUCUCUGCACCUUAUCUGCAUGGGGCCCCAGAUCCUGACCUCAGAGGGGGCACUGCAACCCCGGAUCUCACGGCCAUAUGAAGACAAACAGCGUCGUGCUGAAUGUCUCCAAGUCACCCUGGCGUGGACAGGAGCAAAGCUGGACCAUGGAGAGUAUGAGCGCGCCGAUAUCAAUGCCACUGACAACAAGAAAAACACCUGCCUGCACUACGCUGCUGCCUCAGGCAUGACGACUUGCGUUGAGUUCCUGGUGCAGAGAGAAGCGGACCUGUUUGCUGAGAACGAAGACCGCGAGACUCCAUGUGACUGUGCAGAGAAGCAGCACCACAAGGAGUUGGCCCUGUGCCUGGAGUCGCAGAUGGUCUUCUCUCUUGCCCCCGAGGCGGAGGGUAUAGAGGCAGAGUAUGCAGCCCUUGACCGAAGAGAGCUGUAUGAGGGCUUGCGGCCUCAGGAUCUACGGAGGCUGAAGGACAUGCUGAUAGUGGAGACAGCUGACAUGCUGCAGGCCCCUCUCUUCACUGCAGAGGCACUGCUACGUGCCCAUGAUUGGGACAGGGAGAAGCUGUUAGAAGCCUGGAUGAGCAAUGCGGAGGAAUGCUGCCAACGCUCAGGGGUCCAGAUGCCCAACCCACCUCCAAGUGGCUACAACGCCUGGGACACGUUGCCCUCGCCUCGAACGCCACGCACCACCCGCUCCUCCAUCACCUCCCCAGACCAAAUCAGCCUCAUGCCUGCCAAUGACGAGUCUUCUUUGUGCGGUAUCUGCAUGUCUUCCAUUUCUGUCUUCGAGGAACCUGUUGACAUGUCCUGUGGCCAUGAGUUCUGCAGAGCAUGCUGGGAAGGAUUUCUAAAUCUCAAGAUCCAAGAGGGUGAAGCCCACAACAUCUUCUGCCCGGCGUUUGAGUGCUACCAGCUAGUGCCUGUGGAAGUCAUUGAGAGUGUGGUGUCUAGAGAGAUGGACAAGCGCUAUCUCCAGUUCGACAUCAAGGCGUUUGUGGAGAACAAUCCAGCAAUCCGCUGGUGUCCUGAGGCCGGGUGUGAAAGGGCAGUGAGACUGAACACCCAGGGCCCUGGGACCUCCAACCCAGACCCUCUUAGCUUUCCCCUCCUUCGGGCCCCGGCUGUAGAUUGUGGCAAAGGCCACCUUUUCUGCUGGGAGUGUCAAGGCGAGGCACAUGAGCCCUGUGACUGUGAGACCUGGAAGUUGUGGCUGCAGAAAGUCACUGAGAUGAGACCUGAGGAAUUGGCUGGUGUGAGCGAAGCUUACGAGGAUGCAGCCAACUGCUUGUGGUUGCUCUCUAACUCCAAACCCUGCGCCAAUUGCAAGUCCCCAAUACAGAAAAAUGAGGGCUGCAACCACAUGCAGUGUGCUAAGUGUAAGUAUGAUUUCUGCUGGAUCUGUCUGGAGGAGUGGAAAAAACACAGCUCAUCGACUGGAGGCUACUAUCGAUGCACCCGAUACGAGGUCAUCCAGCAGGUGGAGGAGCAGUCAAAGGAGAUGACUGAAGAGGCGGAGAAGAAGCACAAGAGCUUUCAGGAACUCGACCGUUUUAUGCACUACUACACACGCUUCAAGAACCAUGAGCACAGCUAUCAGCUGGAGCAGCGCCUGUUAAAAACAGCCAAAGAGAAGAUGGAGCAGCUCAGUCGAGCCCUGAGUGGAAGGGAAGGAGGCCCGCCUGACACUACAUUCAUUGAAGAUGCGGUCCUAGAACUACUAAAGACUCGUCGCAUCCUGAAGUGCUCUUAUCCUUAUGGGUUCUUUCUGGAGCCCAAAAGCACAAAGAAGGAGAUCUACGAGCUUAUGCAGACUGAUUUGGAAAUGGUGACUGAGGACCUGGCACAAAAGGUUAACCGGCCUUAUCUGAGGACGCCACGCCACAAAAUCAUCCGUGCAGCGUGUCUGGUGCAGCAGAAGAGGCAGGAGUUCUUGGCCUCAGUAGCCAGGGGAGUGGCCCCCAAUGACUCUCCUGAGGCCCCCAGGCGCAGUUUUGCUGGCGGAACGUGGGACUGGGAAUAUUUAGGCUUUGCAUCUCCUGAGGAGUAUGCAGAGUUCCAGUACAGACGGAGACACAGGCAGCGGAGGCGAGGCGAUAUGUCCAGUCUCCGUAGCAACACACCCGACCCUGAUGACUCCAGUGACAGCAUUUUAGACUCACAGGAUGCUGCACGAAGACAUCAUCUGAUGGGUCUCGGUUCUUUGGAUGACGACGACCCUAACAUUCUACUGGCCAUCCAGCUGUCACUGCAGGACUCAGCGAUGGCCGGGAUUGGGUCCAACCACGAUGUCCUCGCCAACGAAGCCUCGAUCGGUGCUAUUGGCACCUCCCUGCCUUCUAGGCUUGAACAGAGUGCUCCAGGUGUAGAGGUCCUUCCCAGAGCUUCUCUAAGCAGCUCAGAACUGCUGGAACUGGGAGAUAACUUGGCCAGACUUGGCAACAUUAACAUCAGCAGCCAGUGCUCUGCUGCCGCCGUGGUUUCAGCCUCUGUACAGCACUGCGACAGUCACCACCGGGCCUAUGGGGCCUCUGUGCCCAUACCAGUGGCUCCAGGCGGCAGCAGCUCAUCGACGGGCCUCUUCUCCUCUUCGAGUGACACGAUAGACUCGAACACAUACGGCAGCCACGACCCAUCCUCGUCCUCUGGAUUAGCAGCAAAUGCUAACCUGCUGGGCAACAUCAUGGCAUGGUUCCAUGACAUGAAUCCUCAAGGCAUCACCCUGGUCCAUUCAACAUCCUCUGACACGGACUCAAACCUCCAUGCAGGCGGAGGAGGUCGCCAACACGAUGACGGGAAAGGCGGGGGGGUCCUGCCUGAAAACAGGAAACCUCAAGAAGCGAUGGCAGACGUGGGGUUCUGCUCUCAGAGACUGAGUGACAUGGAGGAGAAGGAGAGCGCAGUAGCUCAGAGGCCGACUCAGUUAGAUCUAGUGGGGCUGGACACCAUGCCGCUACCUUACAUGUCCACAGUUGACACAAGUGGAGGCCACGGCGAACGGAGAGGCUCCAAGGUGAUCCACGUCGACACUCCACAAUGUGACUCUGUAUCCGACCAGCUGCCCAGCACCAGCUCCUCUGAGUGGGAGGACCAAGUGCACUUGGUAUGAACUGAUUGGCUGAGGUGGGAGGGAGCGCUUUCAGAAAGGCCAAAAACCACUAUAGAUUGCAAAUGAAGUAGAGUUAAAGAAUAUGUGUAGCUUUCAGGUGGAAUGCAUACAGGAUGAAGAAUGUGUCAGUUUGUAAAGAUGGGCUAUUUAGACUUUAAGUUAGUCUGGCAUUGCAGAGUCAGAACAGUGUCCUGCCCCACAACAACCAGCCCUCCUGAAAAGAAAGCACUAACUGAAGAAGAGAUUACAUUUGAUAACAAUUUUUCAAGGAUAUAUUCCUAAAAAAAAUGAUUCCGUGCUGAUAGAAAUAUGAAUAACUUUUUCUGAACUUAAUUAUAGAGGAGAUAAGAGAUAGAGUAGAGACUUUAGCACAGUGCAGGUAUUCUUUUUUUUCCACUGGAGUAAAAGCCUACUGUAUAUGUCCCAAUCAGGUCUGAGAGGUUUUUCAGCUGUACAUAUGAACAGACUAAUAUCUUGGUCUAACUUUCAGUCUGUGUGGUACAGGCUGGGAGAUAGUUGUCCAAACCUGCCUACGUUAUAGGUGCCAAACACUGACUAGCAAAAGAACAGUUUGCAGUCACCAAGUGGAUUCUUCAAAGCAAAUUGUGCCUGCUUAAAACAAUCAACGACUCAGCUUAACUUUAAUGUGAACGUCUCGAGCCAUAUUUGUAUCUGAGAUCGUGGCUGUGUGAUAUUUUUAAAUCCGACUAUCUCAAAGCUGUUAGUGUGCUGUGUAAAUCUGUAGUUUAUAAAACCAUAAUGGUUGUGUACUUUAUUAUGUGAAACAUUCACACAAAACAACUUAGAUUAUCCAAAUGAAGAGGAAGUGGCCUGCUCAAACAUUUCAAAAUGAACUUGACAGUGGUUAUUCAUUUCAAAGCCUCAAUCUAAGCACUUUUACAAUGAGAUGUGUCUUCUAAACAACAAACGCUGUCAGGCCCAGAGGGGGCGCUCAGUGUUAUUCAGCUCAGUAUAUUCUGAAUUUCAUUGUAGCUUGCUUAAAUUAAUGUUUGAGUACUGCUGCUGAGUGUGGGCCGUGACGGAAUAAGUAGACAGUGAGUAGUCUUGUUUUUCUACUGCAGGAAAAGGCCAGUGAGAGAGAUAAUCAGGCAAAUUCAUUCAGACUUUGGUGAAUUAAUUAAUCACGCCCAAGUCACUGUAAUUAAUCUCUGGGUCCUAUUUAAGUGUAAUAUAAGCAAAGCCUUCUUAGAACUCCACAGAUGUCCUGGGCUGCAGGGUUAAUGCAUGGAGAAUUCAUGAAUGUGUAUUGCAUCUCAAACACAUGGGGAGUCCGAGUCUUCGAAACGGUUCUCUACACAGAUAGAGAAACAGUGCCUUUAUGUCAAUUACCGUUCUUUCAUUCUUUUUUCAAACAUUUUUCUGAGUGCUAAUUACACAGUAUUUACAGUGUAAACAAAACAAACACCUGUUACCUUAACAUUUUUUCUCACAUAUAGUUUGCAAAACAUGAGAUUUUUAUUUUAUUCUCAUCAAAAUGUAGUAGCAUGAGGCUUUUUGUUGGUUCUAAUAGUAUUAUGUUAACGGAUAACACUGAUUGUAUAUGAUUUGGUAUAAUGGGUAACGGUUAAUGUCAUACUUUCAAAUCUUGUUCCCAAAUAUUGUGAAAGAGGUUUCAUUGCUCUUGUUUCUUUGCCCCACAUUUUUAAAUAGUUUAUUUUUUUCUGUGAUUUAGAAACUAAAAUCACUGUAUUGACUUUGGAAUGGGUUGACCUACUGUAUGUGUAUCAUGUUUCUUACCUGAAGACACUAAAAUGGAGCAAUGUUGCAAUAUUAAUUAGGUAUUUAUUUAAAAAUCAAGUUAAUCCAUUAAAGAAAAUGGAUUGUUAAUAACUAUGACACAUUGAUCAGUGUUUCACCUUUAAGACUUAAUAAUGUUUUUGUAAAGACUCAUGUCUGACUGAAGUAAAUUAGAUUUUUUUCUUUUCGCUGAUGCGUAGAGCCACAUUAAAUCUAAAGAUAGUGAUGACGAGUGUCUUGAAGUUGUAAAACUUUGAGUGCCAUAUGGUUAGUAGAGCUAACUUUGUUUGGACUUGCUUAACAGAAGUCGGCUUAACCGAGGAGAUAAUAGGUUGCCCUUUUUAUGUAACAGUAUGCUGUGCAUGAAAUGGGUACAAGUAGAAAUGGAAUUUGUACUUCCUUUGUAUCUCACCUCCAAUGUUCAGGUGAUUUAUUUUAAAAUGGCAUAUAACAUUUUGUAACUCACUGAGAUUUUCUAUUGUAAAGCAACUAAUCCUUGAAAUGCUAUUUGCACUUUCAUAGUCUAUACUUGAUACAUUCCCUCUUUAUAUGAAAACAAUGUUUGAUGUGUGAUGCCAAUAAAGUAUGUGUUGAGUUUUAA